CACUUGUCUCUCUAUCGAAUCAGCGAAUUGAGCUAUCAAAUUAACCGGUGGGAUUCUUCUCCAAGCGGAUCAUGGCAGCUACUAAAGAGCAGAAAUACGAUAGACAAUUGAGAUUGUGGGGAGACCAUGGCCAAGAACAACUUGAAAAUGCACACGUAUGCCUGAUCAACUCCACAGCAUCUGGGACUGAAAUAUUGAAGAACCUUGUGCUUCCAGGCAUUGGAGCAUUCACUAUUGUCGAUGGACACAAAGUCUCCGGGGAAGACGUCGGAAAUAACUUUUUUCUUAGCAACAACAGCAUAGGAGGGAAUCGAGCCCAGGCUGCCACAGAGCUGCUACAGGAGCUGAACACUGAUGUAUCUGGCAACUUUGUGGAGGAGAGCCCAGACAAGCUCUUGGACAACGACCCUGAGUUCUUCCACCGAUUUACCCUGGUGAUUGGUGUCCAGCUGCCAGAAAUCACGUGUUUGAGACUGGGGUCAGUGUUGUGGAAUGCAAACGUACCUUUCCUGGUGUGUAGAACGUAUGGCCUCGUCGGUUACAUGAGGCUAGUAGUGAAGGAGCACACAGUGAUUGAGUCUCAUCCAGACAAUGCCUUGGAGGACCUGAGGCUUGACCAACCUUUUGCAGAGCUCAAGAACCACAUCCAGUCCUACGACUUGGAGGGAAUGGGGAAGAAGGAUCACGGUCAUACACCAUGGAUCAUCAUCGUUGCCAAAUACCUAGAAAAGUGGUUCAGUGAGCACAAUUUUCAGUUACCGAAGAACUACAAAGAGAAGGAGGCCUUCAAACAGCUUAUUCGGCAAGGAAUCCUGAAGAAUGAGAAGGGAACUCCUGAGGAUGAGGAGAACUUUGAGGAGGCCAUCAAGAAUGUCAACACAGCCCUCAACCCCACCAAGGUGAUUUCGAGUGGGGUUGACGACAUCUUCAAUGGAGAGCAAUGCAAUGACAUUACAUCACAGACUCCAGCCUUCUGGGUGAUGACGCGAGCAGUGAGGGAGUUUGUGCAAAACGAAGGUGGCGGAAACCUUCCUGUGCGUGGCUCCAUUCCAGACAUGAUUGCGGACUCAGAGAAAUUCAUCAACCUCCAGAAUGUUUAUAGAGAGAAGGCAAUGCAAGAUGCAUCCGUCGUGUCUAAGCAUGUAGAGUCUCUCCUGCAGUCUGUUGGAAAGCCUUCAGAGAGCAUAUCUGAGCAGGACAUCAAACUAUUCUGUAAGAACGCUGCCUUCCUGAGGGUGGUGCGCUGCAGGUCUCUGGCUGAAGAAUACAGCGUGGAGGCGGUCAAUAAAGAUGAGAUCACCUCCUGCAUGGACAGUGCAGAUGGGGAGAUGGUGCUGUACCUUAUGUUGCGCUCUGUGGACCGUUUUUAUCAGCAGCACUCCCGCUACCCAGGCGUCUACAAUUACCAAGUAGAAGAAGACAUUAGCAAGUUGAAGCUGUGUGUGAACAGCCUUCUGCAGGAGUACAGCCUCAACGUCAAUGUGAAAGAUGACUACAUCCACGAGUUCUGUCGCUAUGGUGCUGCUGAGCCACACACAGUGGCAUCCUUUUUGGGAGGAUCUGCUGCACAAGAGGCCAUCAAAAUCAUCACUCGUCAGUUUGUUCCCUUCAACAACACGUUCAUCUACAAUGCCAUGUCCCAGACAACUGCCACGUUUCAGCUGUAGAAGAAGCUAUUUUCCUCCUUAAUGACAUGCACUUAACCCCUCUGUAAAAUAUAUGAAUGGAAAGUUGCAGCGUAGUAGCAGUGAUAACUGAAAGUUUGUGUAGAUGGAACACUGUUCAUACUGUAUGUUUCCACGUAUUAUUUUGUUGUGGCUGAAUGAAGUUAAAGGAAGUUCUGAA